GAAAGUACACCGAACUCACACUAUUUCGUCUAACCGCAUUUGCAUCGGCACCGAUGACCCAUAUUCACGUUCUUCCUCCACGCAGCGAUACCCGCCAUCGAUUCCUCUUCUCUCUUCUGUCACCACUGCUCCUUUCUCUCCUCGUAUAUAGACGGCGAUCAACCGAUCAUUCUUUCGCGCGCGUACACCAUAUAUCCUCGUCGCCUCUGUCGUUCGCUGUGAGCAGAACGAGGAGAGAAGCGCGCAAGAGCGACAGGGACAAAGAUACGCGGUCGUGAAAGAGGGAGAAAGAGGGCGGACAGAGCGUGUUUAGCGCGAUGCAAGUCGGUGACUCGAUUUCGGCCGGGUAAGACUCUAUUCCUCAGUGUGUGUACGCGGCCAGUGUUCAGAUACCGGUAGAACGUACCACGCGUCUUCGAUCCGUUCCUCUUCUAUUCCCAUUCGUUCCUCGUACGGUUAUUCGUGGCUCGAACACCAACGGGCGACGUCAGUGCGAUCGAGGACCACUCUCGCGGAGGAUCAUGUGCCGCGUGGACACGUGUACGCGGUGAGACCGGCGCGGAGAUUAUAGUACUCUGUUUAUUGUGAAUUCGAACGAUAAGAAAGAAUCAAACAAAUCGUGCAUCCUGUGUGACGACUCAAGUGUGAUCCGAAACGUGUACAAUUUUUGUUUUGUCACGGAUGGUGCGCGAUUAUCACCGAUGUAUCACCGGUGUUGAUUCGAACGGAUGGUAAUACGGUUUUAAGCAUUGCUGAAAGAACUGUUGGGCACGAGCGCGAUCAAGAAGGAAAAUACCUACUUGAAGGUGGCAGAGACAGGGGUGGCGAAGGUCACGGGGUCGAGCCUAGGGGUGGCAUCAUGGACUCUCACCAGCAACAGUUUUGUCUCAAGUGGAAUAGUUUCGGUAGCAAUUUAGCGACAGCAUUCUCAAAUUUGUUCAAAAGCGAGAGUCUUACCGAUGUCACCCUAUUCUGCGAGGGAGUAACGUUCAAGGCGCACAGGUUAAUUCUCGCAGCAUGCAGCAAACACUUUCAAGAGCUGUUCGAAGGAAUGCCUCCUUCUCCCGCGGGACUGAUCGUUAUUCUCGACGGAACGAGUGCCCACAAUAUGGCGUCCCUUCUCGAAUUCAUGUACCGUGGAGAGGUACACGUGUCCCAGGAAUCCCUCAGCUCUUUCCUCAAAGCAGCCGAAUGCCUUCAAGUAAAGGGUCUGUCCAUCGAGCACGAAAAGCUGGCAGUAGCGCAGAGGCACGCCGCUGAGAACAAUAACUCGUCCACGGACACCGGGGAUGGUGGUGGCGGAAGCGGUGGUGCGAGCAGCGGCAGCGGUGACAACGGAAGCGGGAACGUGAGCGGAAACGUCAGUGGUACCGUGAGCGGUAGCGUGGGUGGCGGAGUUGUCGAUGACGUUGGCGGAGGAGUCGGCGAGGUGAGCGACAUGGGUGAAGCGGGUGAAGCGACCAUGGUGAGAAACACCAUAAAGAGGGCCCGUACGCCAGCGCCGUCUCCUGCCCCCGCUUACCCCGUGCCCAACCUCUACUCAGCUACCUCUCACUAUUACGAAACCUUGCCGAAAAGGCUGAUGAGAUCGCCCAGCGACGUGGAUACCCUGGGAAGGGCGAGUGUGUUGCGCGACGGCACUGCCUUCCGGCCCGCAUCAGCGCCGCAUCCGCUUCUUCUGGAGAACCACUUUUACCAGCCGUUCAUCCACCCUACAGAAACACCCGCGCAUCCCCACACCGCGCCACACACACCCACGGAAUUGGAACAGGAAUUGGAACGAGCGAGGUCCGAGGAACGCAGCAAUUGCGAUCUCAAGGAAAGCGUAGCCGAAGAUCUACGAAUAAAGCAAGAACCAGUGGCAAUGACCGACCGGGAAAGGGCGGAAAAACUGGCAGAAAGAUUGUCAGGCGAAGUAUAUACCGGGGGAAGGGGGUUCGAUAGUGGGCAUUACGGUUCGAAUUCGGAUCACAUGCAGCCCGGAGGACAAAUUGGACCCCCCAUGGUGCGUUUGCCGCUUGCUCAUCCACCGACUCCUGAUCUCAGCCCUGCACCCACUAAUCCCGCUAUGUGGAAUACGAAAAUGAAGAAGGCUGGCACUGUCUCCACACCCCACGGCAAGAAACUGAAGUGCCCGGACUGCGAGAAGCUGUACGGCUACGAGACAAACCUGCGCGCCCACAUACGGCAACGCCACCAAGGUAUCAGGGUACCGUGCCCGUUCUGCCAACGGACGUUCACGCGCAACAACACCGUGAGACGGCACAUAGCGCGCGAGCACAAGGCCGAGCUGAACCUGAAAGCGUUCCAACAGUCGAACCACUCGAUGUCGGACACGGUGCCGCAGUAACGGCGUCCUCGCCACCGCUGUCGUUUUAGCCGCCGUUCCCACCACCGUUCCGGCCGUCGCCAUCGUGUCGCGGCCGUCGCGACGCCACGGGAGACGGCCAGAGCGCGCCCAGCAAAGAACCGCGAGGCGCUGGAACGAGGAAGGCCGGCGAAAGCAAGCUCGCGCCCGCCUUCUUGAAUCCCGGUCAACGCCAUCCCCGUCCUCAUGAUGAAACAUCCGAGCGGCCCUCCGUGAACUGCGAUUGACAGCGACGUAAUACAUAUAUACAGAGCCCACACAGCCUUUGAAAGGAAAACGACAAAGGAAACGAUCCAAUGCGACCCGCUGUGCCUCGUCUCGGUGUGAUCUUGAUAGUAGUUGUCAAUUACACACUGCGACCCCGUCUGCAAAUCAUCGUGUUCCUUUCGUGUUAAUUUCACGGGGAUGCGGAUUCGGGAUGAGGAUACUGAAAUUAGAGGGAGGGGGGAUGUAGGAAAAAUUUGCACGCGAUGAUCCGAGCCGCUCGGAGAUUCUUUUUUUUCGUUCUCUUGUAAUUAGAUUUAAGGUGUUGCUCGAUCGAGAGUCGCGUGUGCUUCUUUCGGGGGAAAAUUUGAAAAGUCUUCGCGGAGGAUUCGGAUGCGGCAACGACAGAGGACGGUUGACCGCGAAAUUUAGAAGAAUUUAGUCCCGGUGAUCGGAUCACGAGCGAGGAAGGAGAUUAAACGAGAAGUGAAAUGAUGGAGGAGGGAAUGGAGGAAGGGAAAGGGGUUUGGAAAAAUGUCGACGUCCGAUUACUAAGCGUAUGGAAGAUUGCAUUAACAAGAGAGAAAUGUCGUUUGGGAUCAGGAGGAUGUGAAACUCGUCGCCUCGGACAUGCUACGCUACUACUACUACUACGAAUAACCAUACAAAACUAGUCAAUGAAAGUGCAACGUCGAGUAAGAGUUAUUAUUACACUGUAAAAAAAAAAAAAAAAAAAAAGAAAAGAAGAAGAGGAGCGCGAUAAAAAUAAGGGAAGGUUAGAGACGAAGAAGAAGAUCGAAAGAUAUUCACGACGCCUCAGAAGAGGGAAUAUAAUAAGCGAGUUUACAAAAAAGACGCAUAUCUCAGGUGAAUUUUACAAUAAGCCGCGAAUAGUUUCUUUUUUCUUUUUCUUUUUUUUUUUUUUCCUUUCCCUUUUUUUUUGUCGUCCUUUAUUCGGUUUUAUAUAUACAAAUAUAUAUAUAUAUAUUUCUUCUCACUCAUUAUUCUCGACCACUCCUCGCCAAAGAACGAUCAGGAUCGUUUCGAGGAGAUGUACGAAUAUAUAUAAGUAUAUAUAUAUACACACAUACACACACACACAUAUAUAUAUAUAUAUACCGAGCACAUUGAUGAAACGGUGCAAGCGUUGUUGCGAGAAAUAGUUUUUAAAUGAAUUUAAAAGCGCGUCUACCUUUACUGCCGCUACUACCUUACUUUAUUAUACGAUAGUUACGGACCUGUUACCGAUGGAUUAUUAUUAUCGAACUGCUGCCGCAUCAUCACACUCAUUGAAACGCUGUUAUAUAUUGAUACCUUUAUACCUGAUUCUUAUACCGCGAAUAGAUACAAAAUAAUUACUGGUACUAUUAUCGAUGUCGAGAGCCUAGGGUCGAGACAAGACGGGUGAUAUCGAAACUAUUUUUAACAUUUUUACGUUCACGUUAGUGCCAAAAAGAAAGAAAGAAAGAAGAAGAAAAAAAAGAAGAAUACGAUCUUAAAUCAGAAUCGAAGACGCAUUUUUCUAUUCUAUUCAGGAUAUCACGAUCGAAUUUUCGUUAUUAUUUUUUUUUUUUUUUUUUAAAUCUGCAUCUCUCGAACACAAGAUUUUGACGUACACAUACAGAUACACAUACACGAGACGAUUAUCCUUGCAUAUCUUGAAAGAGAGAAUGUGAUUAUUAAAUACCGAAACAGAUUUGAAAGCAUGCCCAUCUUUUCCACUUUAUAUAUAUAUAUAUAUAUAUAUUUUUUUUUUGUUUUUUUUUCUUUUGUAUAAAUGUACAACAACAACAACAACAUUUUUAUAAAGAAUUUAUGAGAUUAUUAGCUACAACAUUAUAAAGAACGGACAAGCUAUCGAGUUACCAUACAAUAAUACAUAUAUAUAUAUCGUAAGCCACGUGUGUAGGAUUCUUCUUGGUGAAUGCGGUUCUAAGGCUCGAGAUAAUAAGCAAUAAUCGUAAUAAGAGAAGAACUGAUCUUUCUCCUUUUCCAUAAGGACGUCGUUUUUUUAUACCUCACUGAAGAACGCAGCCUCCCCCCCUGGCAAUUCCAGGCAACUCUUGUUCCUUGUUUAUUAUUUAAAUACCUGAAAAAAAGAGAAGAAAAAAGAAAACACGAGCAAGAGUUUCCUCGAAUCGAACGGGGAGAAAAUACACGUAUCUAAUACUACAAGUUUUUUAGCGAGUACGUUUACCUGAUUGAGCGUGAAAAUGAAAAGAAAAUGCUUCGCAUUCGCUUGGAAAGAUCCUCCAAGAGAGAGGGGAGAAAAAAAAGAAAAAAAAAGGAAAAAAGAAAAACGUUGAAAAAAAAAACAUCACACGAACAAUCACUACCACUUUGUUACCUGUUUACAUUGUUUAAAUAACGGACUUUUGUCCGGAGCAAUAGAUCGAGGAUAUAUAAUAAUAAUAAUAAGGGAUAUUUAUAAUACUACUACUACUACCAAUAGAAACCAGGACGAGCACAAGAGAGCAUAGGGAAAUAUAAUGAUAAUUAGACGACCGGUUGUAUAGGAUGUGAUCAAUGCAAUAGUUUAUUAUUAACAAUUAUUAUACCUAUAGAUAGAUAUAUAGGUAGCUCCUAGUCAGGAUGGCACCACGAUAUUACUUGUUGCAGUAUUUUAUCGCGUUUAUAUACACACUUUUAUCUCUCUCUUUUGCUCCUUUCCCUCCCUCCCUCCUUCCUUCCUCCCCCACGAAACUUUCAAAACUCCAACUCCGUUCUCUUUGUUAUAGAAUUAUUAUUAUUACUAUUAUUAUUAUUAUUAUUAUUAUUACUACCGUAUUUCGUCUCCUUCCUUCCUGUUUCUUUCCUCUUCUCCCCUCACUCUUUCCUGUUUAUUUGUUAUUACGUUACAGAGAAGGAAAAGAAAAAAAGAAAAAUCAAAGUUUAUAUCUUAUAACUGAGAGUUUUUAUCUCACAACGAUACGCCUACCGUUAAGAUUAUCAAAGACAAUAGAAUUUAAUAGAUGAUUAUUUAGUAUUUAAACGGUUGUACGCGACCUAGAAUAUAUAUAUAUAUAUAUUUUAGUAAAUGGAAAUUAUUUCGUUUCGUUUUCGUUCUUUCUUUGUGUAUUAAAUUGUUCGCGUUGCACGUGUUCUUUUUUUCUUUCUUAUAUUUUUUUCUUUUUUCUUUUCACGAUCUUCUCAUAUAUAAAUAUAUAUAUAUAUAGAAGACACCAAAUGAUCACGGACGGGAUCACGCACGUCCCGUUUCGUGCGAACGUUUCUGCCAAAUGACGUAUAUACGUAUGACAGUACUACCUCAUCGUUUUUUAUAAGAAUUGCAUUACAAAACACAGGGAACACCAGAGAGACCACUAUAGAAUUACAGUACCUGUACAUUCCGUACAGCCGCUUCUACUAUUAUUCGUCCGUCGUUAAUGUCGGAAUUAUAUACUCCCGCUGUUAUUCCGUUAUCCCCUGGGAAACAGGGGAAUACGAAUAGCGUCGAUCUCUCUCUCGAAAGCUUUGUCGAGGAAAUUUCUUCUGUCUUCGCCGUUUCGAUGAUCGGCGAAACUUGAUAAAUCUAUCUUUCGCCUCGAAGAAAAAGAAUUAUUAACAUUUUUAAAAUCGAAAAAAGUUAUCAAUUUAAAAUUAAUUCUUCUAUGAGAAUCAAGGAAAUCAAGUUUUGCCUUUGAGAUCAUCUUUCAGUGAUAUAUAUAUCGGACUGUGAAUAUUUAUGAAAAGUUUAACAAAUAUUAUACGAGUAACGAUAUAUAUAAAAGUGAUCAGUUUUCGUAAAUUUCCGCAGUCCAAUCACGUAUUACCUGCUGUUACAAAUCUAGAUAUAUAUAUAUAUAUAUAAAUCGUACAAACAUUUGUAAUUAAGUUGAAUUUUUCACUUUAUAAUACUUUAACAAACAAACUGUAUAAUAUCGACAAAGAAAUUUCCAAAAAGCGAAAAGCUUCAGAGAUCACGAGUGAUAUAAUAAGCUCUACGAUUAUACGAUAUUAGAAUUUCCGUUUUUUUUUCUUUUUUUUUUUUUAUUUUAUUUUAUUUACCAAGCCGCAUUAUCGCAUACGUACAUACAACUGUAUAUGUAAUAAUCGACAACUAUAUAUACUUAUAUAUAUAUAUAUAAGUACAGCGACAUAUGAGUACGAGUACGUGUGUGCGUGUGGGUGCGUGAGAGGGUGAUGCUGCGUGACGAUUUACAUACAAUUGGGCGAGAAGAGUUGCGGCGAUUUCAUCGUUCGGCGGCGAGAUCCGAUCACGAUUUUUUUUCAGAAAAGUGCGAGGAAAAAAAAAAUUACACCGGAAAAUAUCGACUAUCGAUAAAGAAGGGGGAGGGGAGCAUGGGAAACGAUUGAAAGGAAAUAUAUGAUGAGGGCGCGAAUUAUUAAUUGACGAAAGUGAAAAAAGGAAGGGGGAGGGGGUUGAAAUGGGAGAAAAGGAUGGAAGAAAGAUCGAGGAAAAAUGAUGAAUGUAAUAACAUAAUCGUCGAAUUUUUCGAUAGGGGCGUUUUCCUUGUGCGAAAGGAAUUGUUGACUUUGGAGACGACGAUAAAUUUUAAAGAUUAAGGGAAAAAAAAAAAAAAAACUCGAAAGCUGACGUUUGAGAACGAAACUCGAGGCGGAGAGGAGAAGAAACAAUCGGGACGUUUUUCAAGGAUGGGAAAAAAAAUGCGGCGAGAGAUAUAUGGACGUUGAGGUGUGAUACCGAUCUUCUUUUGGGGCUGAAAUCGGGUGAAUUUCUCGAGAGGAUGGGCUGCGAAAACACUGCUUUAGACACAACGUAAAAAUUAAAUAAGUCUUAGGGGAUGGACGAGAGGAUCUAUUGAGGAAAAAGAAAGAAAAAAAAAAAAAAAAAAAAAA